CUCAUCCCACAUCCUAUAACAUCUCCACAUACCCCAUUUCACUGCAUCGCCGAUCAUGUCAGCCCUCGACAACAGCACUGCACCCUCAUUGCAAACCAAAAAGCGAAAGAGGACAGGCAAAGAGCGAGAAGAAAGGAAAAAGGCCGCAAUCCAGGCCAAACAGGAAGCCGAAGCUGUUGAAAAGGCAAAUGGUGAAGUUGAGGGAGGCACCAUAGUGCAGGACAGUGUGCAAGAAACUGUUGCACCCCAGGAGGCUGCUUCUGUAGAACAUGAAGCUGGUCUAUCAUCGGUUGAUGUUGAAAAAGUUGCCAAACGAAUCCCCCAAGCUCUGAAGUCUCUUCACCCUGUAUUCAAGCAAGCAAAAACUUUCGAAACUCGCCGUCUGAUCAAGAAAAUCAAAUUUCUUCGAAACAAGGAUGUCAAGGAUGAAACUGCUGAUUUGGAGUCUCAGUUGAAAAUUAUUCAUGAUAUCCAACUACAACCUCUCGCCAAAUCUCAUCUUCUGGUCAAGCUUCGUAAACAUCCUCUCUUCAAACAAACCCCUCUCCCUAGCGAGAUCUCAUCCCUCCUCUCUCCUCCUUCUGCCACGACAGCCUCCUUUGCAGGUACUAGUGCCACUCCCGCCUUGAUCAACAAAGCCGAAAACCGACUUUGCAGCGCCAAGAUUGUGGCAGAGAGAAUGAAGAAUGUUGUUAGUUGGACUGUAUGUGAGGGUGGCGCCAAACUUGUUAUCGAGAAAAAGCCGGCCACCAUUAGCGCUGGGAAAGGCGGUAGCAAAAAGGCAGCAGAAUCGACUGAUGAGGAAGACGACGAACAAGAAGAAGGGGAGGAGGCCAACGUUGGAGACAUUUCACGUUCAAUGGUUAAUGGAUCCGACUCUGAAGAAGAUUCGGACGAUGAGCGUGUUCUUCAAGAUCGUGCUGCAGAUGCAGCAGGCUGGGAAUCUGGAUCCGUCUCUGGCUUUGACAGUGAAGGUGGAGAGGUUGACAUCGCCAGCGAGUCCGAGUCCGAGUCUGACAACUCCGACGCCAUUGCUGUCCCUUCUGCCAAACGUGCAAAGACCGCCGUCCCUCCUCUCCCUCCGAAAUCCAAGCCCCUCAAGUCUGAAAAGGCAGAUAAGCCUCCCAAAUCCGCCAAAGAUUUGACUUCCUCUAUCUUCUUGCCUUCACUUUCCGUCGGAUUUACUCGUGGGGAUGACGAUGAUUCUGAUCCUGAUCUGGAUGAUGACCCCAAUGGAGUCGCAGGGAAACAGCCGGUAGUAAGGAAGAACAGGCGAGGUCAGCGAGCUAGACAGGCUAUCUGGGAGAAGAAGUAUGGCAAAAAUGCGAAACACGUUGUCAAAGCCCACGAGGAAGAGAAACUUCAAGCCCAAAAAACCAGGGAGAAAGCCGAAGCGAAAGGGAGAACGAGAGAUUCAGGAUGGGGUGCCAAAAGUGGUAAAGCUGUUGGACCUGCUGUCGCUGCGGGCCCCGCUCAAACUGCCGCUGUGUCGCACACGCAAAAGGUGUAUUCGGAGCCAAAGCAAUCUCAGACAGAGCAGAAGAAAUCGCUUCACCCGUCUUGGGAGGCGGCGAAGCUUCGUAAACAGAAGAUGGGAGUUGUACAGACCGAGAUCAAAGCACAGAAAAUCGUGUUUGAUUAAUCUUUUAUUCUACUGCUAUGUUACCCGGAUCUUAUAAUGAUUGAUGAGACAUUCUCUAUGAUGCAUGAGAUUCU